AAGGUUUAGGAGAGCUUUAUUUAGAAAACAAGAACUUGGUGAUGCCUGAGGAAGCGAGGAGAGACUUUAAAUGUAGAGUGUCUGGCCAGGAAGCAUAAGCUGGGACAAGGUGCAGUGAUGCUGGAUGGUAGGGAAGCUGUGGAAACCUGAAGAUGCGGGUCCUGACUGAAUUGGCUGCUUCUGGAACAGACUGGAUGAGGAUGAACAUACUCUGAGGAGCCCGGGGGCCGCUCUGCCAGAGUUUGUUUGAAGAGAAGCCAGGGAUUUUUGUCCCUGAGUCAUGGAAGACAGAAGAGCUGAGAAGUCAUGUGAACAAGCGUGCGAAUCACUUAAGAGGCAGGACUAUGAAAUGACCCUCAAGCACUGCACAGAGGCCCUCCUUUCUCUUGGCCAGUACUCCAUGGCCGACUUCACAGGGCCAUGUCCACUGGAGAUAGAAAGCAUCAAAAUUGAGAGUCUUCUUUACAGAAUCGCCUCGUUUUUGCAACUGAAAAACUAUGGGCAAGCUGAUGAAGAUUGUAGGCAUGUGCUGGGGGAAGGCCUGGCCACGGGAGAUGGUGCCUUCCAGGCAGUGCUUUGCUGCAUGCAGCUGAAAGGAAAGCUCCAGCCUGUAUCCAACAUUCUUGCCAAGUCGCUGACAGGAGAGUCCCUGAAUGGGAUGGUAACAAAAGAUUUGACAAGACUGAAAACACUUCUCACAGAAACAGAGACAGCAACUAGUAACGUCCUGUCUGGAUAUCACGUGGAAGGCUUGGAAGGGGGAUCUUGUAAUGGUUGGCAUUUCCGCCCACCACCUAGGGGAAUCACAAGCAGCGAGGAAUAUACUUUGUGUAAAAGAUUUUUAGAACAAGGCAUCUGUAGGUACGGUGCCCAGUGUACUUCAGCGCACUCCCAGGAAGAACUAGCAGAAUGGCAGAAACGAUACGCCUCGCGGCUGAUAAAAUUGAAACAGCAAAACGAGAAUAAACAGCUCUCAGGCAGUUACAUGGAGACCUUGAUAGAAAAGUGGAUGAAUUCAUUAUCUCCUGAGAAAGUGCUUAGCGAAUGUAUAGAGGGAGUAAAAGUUGAGCAUAAUCCUGAUCUGUCGGUUACUGUCAACACCAAAAAGUCUCACCAGACAUGGACCUUUGCUCUUACUUGUAAGCCUGCAAGAAUGCUGUGUCGGGUAGCGUUGCUCUAUGAUGCACAUCGUCCUCAUUUUAGUAUCAUUGCAAUAUCUGCCGGAGAUAGUACUACCCAGGUAUCGCAGGAAGUCCCAGAGAACUGUCAAGAAUGGAUAGGAGGGAAGAUGGCCCAAAAUGGAUUAGAUCAUUACGUGUAUAAAGUCGGGAUAGCAUUUAACACAGAAAUCUUUGGAACUUUUCGCCAAACCAUAGUUUUCGACUUUGGAUUGGAACCAGUACUCAUGCAAAGAGUAAUGAUUGAUGCGGCUUCUACAGAAGAUCUUGAAUACCUGAUGCAUGCAAAACAACAGCUAGUAACCACAGCUAAGCGUUGGGAUUCUUCUUCUAAGACUAUUAUAGAUUUUGAACCUAAUGAAACUACUGAUUUGGAGAAGAGCCUUCUUAUCAGAUACCAAAUUCCUCUCUCUGCUGACCAGCUGUUUACCCAGUCGGUUUUAGACAAAUCAUUGACCAAGACCAACUAUCAGUCACGGCUGCAUGACCUUCUUUAUAUUGAGGAGAUAGCCCAGUAUAAAGAAGUCAGCAAGUUCAACCUUAAAGUGCAAUUGCAGAUUCUAGCAAGCUUCAUGCUUACAGGAGUUUCUGGAGGCGCAAAGUAUGCUCAGAAUGGACAACUUUUUGGUCGCUUUAAGCUUACUGAAACACUUUCUGAAGAUACUUUGGCUGGACGGCUGGUGAUGACCAAAGUCAAUGCUGUUUAUUUAUUACCAGUCCCUAAAGAGAAGUUAGUACAGACCCAGGGAACCAAAGAGAAGGUUUAUGAAGCUACUAUUGAAGAGAAAACAAAAGAAUAUAUAUUUUUAAGGAUAUCCAGGGAAUGCUGUGAAGAACUUAAUCUUCGGCCUGAUUAUGACACACAGGUUGAACUUCAGUUUCAAUUAAAUCGAUUACCCCUCUGUGAAAUGCAUUAUGCGCUAGACAGGAUCAAGGACAAUGGGGUUUUGUUUCCAGACAUCACUAUGACUCCAACCAUACCUUGGAGUCCCAACAGACAGUGGGACGAACAAUUGGAUCCUCGGCUGAAUGCAAAACAGAAAGAGGCUGUUCUGGCCAUCACAACUCCUCUUUCAAUCCAGCUGCCUCCCGUCCUCAUCAUCGGGCCCUAUGGGACAGGCAAAACGUUCACUCUAGCUCAGGCGGUCAAGCACAUACUCCAGCAGCAGGAGACGAGCAGGAUUCUCAUUUGCACCCAUUCUAAUAGUGCUGCUGAUCUCUACAUAAAGGAUUAUUUACAUCCAUAUGUAGAAGCAGGCAAUCCCCAGGCAAGACCUCUCAGGGUAUAUUUCAGAAAUCGCUGGGUUAAGACUGUCCACCCAGUUGUGCAUCAGUACUGUUUGAUCUCAAGCGCACAUUCCACCUUUCAGAUGCCACAGAAAGAAGAUAUUCUUAAACACCGAGUGGUGGUUGUUACAUUGAAUACUUCCCAGUACCUCUGUCAGUUGGACCUUGAACCUGGGUUUUUUACACACAUUCUGUUAGAUGAAGCUGCCCAGGCCAUGGAGUGUGAAACCAUUAUGCCUCUAGCGUUAGCAGCUAAAAAUACGCGGAUUGUCUUGGCUGGUGACCACAUGCAGCUCAGUCCUUUUGUUUACAGCGAGUUUGCCAGGGAGAGAAACCUUCAUGUGUCAUUACUUGAUCGACUCUAUGAGCAUUACCCUGCCGAGUUUCCGUGUAGGAUCCUCCUGUGUGAGAAUUACCGCUCCCAUGAAGCUAUCAUCAAUUACACCUCUGAGCUCUUCUAUGAGGGCAAACUGAUGGCCAGUGGAAAGCAACCAGCACACAAGGAUUUCUACCCACUAACUUUCUUUACAGCACGAGGGGAAGAUGUACAAGAAAAAAAUAGCACAGCUUUUUAUAAUAAUGCAGAGGUCUUCGAAGUGGUGGAACGUGUGGAAGAGUUGAGACGGAAGUGGCCGGUAGCAUGGGGGAAGUUGGAUGAUGGCAGUAUUGGCGUGGUGACUCCGUACGCUGAUCAAGUGUUUAGGAUACGUGCUGAACUUCGGAAAAAGAGAUUAUCUGAUGUUAAUGUAGAAAGGGUGCUAAAUGUUCAAGGAAAGCAGUUCAGAGUUUUGUUUCUUAGCACAGUACGUACAAGGCAUACUUGUAAACACAAACAGACACCAAUUAAAAAGAAAGAGCAACUGCUGGAAGAUUCCACAGAGGAUUUAGAUUAUGGUUUUUUAUCUAACUACAAGCUUCUCAAUACUGCCAUCACAAGAGCACAAUCUCUGGUUGCUGUGGUGGGUGAUCCCAUCGCCCUGUGCUCUAUCGGAAGAUGCAGGAAAUUUUGGGAGCGGUUUAUUGCCCUGUGUCAUGAAAAUAAUAGCCUACACGGAAUCACUUUUGAACAGAUCAAAGCUCAGCUAGAGGCUUUAGAACUAAAGAAGACAUAUGUGUUGAAUCCGCUGGCACCUGAAUUUAUCCCCCGGGCUCUAAGACUGCAGCAUUCAGGAAAUACCAACAAACUGCAGCAGUCACCCCCCAAGGGGAAAAGCCUCCAUCAUACCCAGAAUGAUCAUUUCCAGAAUGAUGGAAUUGUUCAGCCCAAUCCUUCUGUACUUAUUGGCAAUCCUAUUAGAGCAUAUACUCCUCCACCCCCCCUUGGACCUCACCCAAAUUUGGGGAAAUCUCCAAGCCCUGUUCAAAGAAUAGAUCCUCACACUGGGACAAGUAUUCUUUAUGUACCUGCUGUCUAUGGAGGGAAUGUAGUUAUGUCGGUGCCUUUACCUGUACCAUGGACAGGGUACCAGGGCAGGUUCGCAGUUGAUCCUCGGAUCCUUACACACCAAGCAGCGAUGGCCUACAAUAUGAACCUCUUACAGACACACGGACGGGGGUCUCCCCUACCGUAUGGCCUUGGGCACCACCCACCCGUCAGCAUAGGGCAGCCACAAAGCCAGCAUCAGGAGAAGGAUCAACAUGAGCCAAGUCGAAAUGGUAAAAGUGAUACAAAUAAUCCUGGACCUGAAAUUAGUAAGAUUCGAACACCAGAGAAAAAGCCUAUGGAAUCCAAACAGAUUGAUUUGGAAUCAAAUCCACAGAACAGAAGUCCUGAGUCGCGUCCUGGUGUUGUUUAUCCCAAUACCAAAUUUCAUCGCAAAGAUAAUCUCAACCCGAGACAUAUAAAUCUUCCUCUCCCUGCUCCCCACGCACAGUAUGCAAUCCCCAAUCGUCAUUUUCAUCCCCUUCCCCAGCUACCAAGACCACCAUUUCCAAUUCCGCAGCAGCACGCCUUGUUAAAUCAGCAGCAGAAUAAUUUGCCUGAACAACCAAAUCAGUUGCCGCCCCAACCGAAUCAGGUAGUCCCGCCCCAGAAUCCGUUGAAUCAGCUGACUCAGCAGCCACCUCCUCAACUUUCCCCUGCCUAUCAGGCAGGGCCCAACAGCGCUUUCUUUAAUAGUGCGGUCUCUCACCGGCCCCAGUCCCCUCCUGCAGAGGCUGUGAUUCCUGAGCAGCAGCCCCCUCCCAUGCUGCAGGAAGGCCACAGCCCUCUUCGGGCCAUCGCACAGCCCGGCCCCCUCCUUCCUUCCCAUCUGAAUAACUUCACUGAUGAGACUCCCCCGGGAUUGCCAAUCGGGGAGGCUUUAGAUCGUAUGCAUGGGAGUGUAGCUCUGGAAACACUGAGGCAGCAGCAGGUGCGGCUCCAGCAGUGGAAUGAGCAUCACGCCUAUCUCAGUCAGGGCAGUAUUCCGUACCCUCACCACCAUCCUCAUCCUCACCUCCAGCAUCUUCCUCAGCCGCCAGUGAGAGCGGACUGGAAGCUCCCCAGCAGCGCGGAGGACGAAGCAGAAACCGCAGACUCCAGGUUUCAAGACUUAAUCAGAGAACUGUCUAAUCGUGAUCAAAGUGAAACACGGGAACUGGCUGAAAUGCCACCACCUCAAUCAAGACUUUUGCAAUAUAGACAAGUUCAGAGCAGGAGCCCGCCAGCAGCCCCGCCUCCCCCGUCCAGCACGGACCACAGUGGCCACUUUUCUAACUUUAAUGACAGUAGCAGAGACAUCGAAGUAGCCAACAACCCAGCAUUUCCGCAGCGCCUGCCGCCCCAGCUCUUCAGCUCACCAUUCUCAUUGCCAUCCGAACACCUUGCCCCUCCUCCCUUGAAAUACCUGGCGCCUGACGGAGCGUGGACUUUUGCUAACUUACAACAGAGUCACCUAAUGGGGCCGGGUUUUCCCUACGGCCUACCUCCCUUGCCUCACAGACCACCGCAGAACCCUUUUGUACAAAUACAGAAUCAUCAACACGCUAUUGGUCAAGAGCCAUUUCACCCACUGUCAUCUCGAACAGUAUCUUCUUCUUCGCUCCCUAGCUUAGAAGAGUAUGAACCCAGAGGACCUGGUCGGCCCUUGUACCAAAGAAGAAUCUCAUCUAGCUCAGUCCAGCCUUGUUCUGAAGAAGUAAGCACUCCUCAAGACAGUCUUGCUCAGUAUAAAGAGCUUCAGGACCAUAGUAGCCAAUCUUCUUUCAACUUUUCAUCCCCGGAGUCCUGGGUAAACACCACCUCAUCUACCCCCUAUCAGAACAUUCCGUGUAAUGGACCCAGCAGGACAGCUCAACCCAGAGAGUUGAUAGUUCCACCACCCAAGACCGUCAGACCCCCUGAGGAUCAGCUGAAGCCCGAGAGCCUCGAGGUGUCCAGUUCCUUCAACUAUAAUGUGCUGCGGCAUCUCGGCCAGUUCCCCCCACUCAUGCCCAACAAGCAGAUCGCGGAGUCGGCCAGCAGCAGUAGCCAGCAGAGCUCGGGGGGCAGCAAGCCCGCCAUGUCGUACGCCAGCGCUUUGCGGGCCCCUCCCAAGCCCAGGCCCCAGCCUGAGCAGGCCAAGAAGAGUAGCGACCCUCUGUCUCUGUUCCAGGAGCUCAGCCUGGGGAGCUCAUCAGGCAGCAAUGGCUUUUACUCCUAUUUCAAAUAAUCACUUUUUUCCCCCCUCCAGGGCGAAUGUUUUGAUUUUUGUUUAUAUCAAUAGAAUUAAGAUAGUUGGACUUCCUCUAUAGAUGCACAGUUCCCUUUGUUUUAAUAUUAAAUGUGUUCUCACUUAAUUGCUUUGCUGCUAGACUUGCAACUAAUUUUUUAAAAGUAUAUUCCAUUAUUUUGCAUUUCUGACGUGUCUUUUGACAGCUUUUAUGUAGAAUAAAAAAUAUUUUUAAAUUUGUGUAUUGUUACAUAUGUUUGCAUCAAGCUAGCAGCUAAGAGUUAAUUGUGCAACUAUAAAAAAAAAAAAGAAAAAAAAACUUUGUCUAAAAUGUAUUUAAAAAGAAAAAAAAUUGUAAGUAGCAUUUACAUUUAUUCAAUAAUAUUACCAUAUGCUGGGUUUCUGUACCAGAAAUGGCCAGUUGAUGUACAAAUGUAUGUUAUUUUUGCUUAAAUUCAUUUAAAAUUUUUUAAAAUAAAGGGGCAGCAUCUUCUAAAUACUUUAAGUUUUAUCAGUUUUUUUUUUUUUUUUUUUGUGACAAGAUGCUGCAUUCUAAAACUUUUAUAGUUUUAGACUCUGUAUGAUGUGCUGUUGUAAUCUCCAUCCACUGUAGGAUAGAGUUAAAGGCAUUCUUUGCAAAUGUAUCUUGUAUGCCACUGUUUUUUGUAACAUGAAAAAACAUUGGCAUAGUUAGUUAUUUUUUGGACAAGCUGUACUUCAAGCUUGUUUUUAACGUUAAUUUGAUAGUGUGUGUGUGUGUGUGUGUGUGUUUUUUUUUUAAACAAAUCAUGAAGCUGAAAAAUUUUUAGGAUUGUUGGUGCUUAGUAGACUUGAUAACUAUUUUAAAAAUGCGUGAAUUUAGUAAAAUCCUUUUUUUCUCACUAUGCAUGUGUAAAUGUUUGUAAUCUGGCUUUUCUCCCCCCCCCCUCCCCCCAGUGGUAUAAAGAAUUGUGCCGCUUUAAGGUUUGUUUUUUUUUUUCCCCCCUCCAGUAAAAAUUUUGGUACCUUAUUUGAUGUUUACAUUAAAAUGUGACAUUAUUCAUGGCAAUUCAAAUAUUUUGCUAACUGUUUUGUUUGAGGAACAUCAUUAAAAAGAAAUCUGAUAUUUGUCCAACAUGUAUCAAAAUUCAUCGAAAUCUGGGGCAAAAAACUACCCUUGUUUUUCAUGUCUUUCGAUUCUUAUAAUCCCACUGAACUUGUAUAAAAAUAUAAAAUUUAAAUAGCCAUCUUAAAUAUUCUACAGUCUAAAAAUUGUUUUCAGUGAACUUUGGUAAAAUCCAAAGCAAAACAUUUACCCUCUUAAAACUUGUGGUCUUCUAACACCCUUGAAACAAUGCAUGUCCUUCUUGUUUUCCUGGUUGGGUAGUCCUACUUUUUAUACUUCAGAGAAAUCUUGAAACUACAACAUAACUUUUUUGUUGUUGUUCUUUUUGUUUGGUUUGGUUUUGGUUUUGUUUUUAAAUAACGUAAGGUUCGGAAACAUUGCUGAUGAACCAGUGAAUCCUGAUGAUCCAUUCAAAAAUAGUUUUUUCUGGAGGACUACUUUUGAAUAGGCCAUCCUGUAUUCACAGUACAAUUUUUGAAAUGGGGUUGAAAAGUGGUGGCAGGGUUAAAGAAAACUCCUCACAGCUCCUCUAUGACUGGAGUUUUAUUGCUGUUGGCCAGCUCCGACUCCCUGUAACCUUUAGACAGUUUAGGAGAAGAGAACGCCUUUGGUUAAGGGUUAGUGAGCCUGCAGGAAAAGGAGAACACCUGUUUUCUUCAGCUCUUUCUGCUCAGAGUGGGUGCACAUCAUUUGUCUGCGGCUUCCGUGUAUGGGCUGUGAGUCUCCAUGUGAGGCAGUGGAUGGAGACCUGUGGACUGUAGACGUAUUAAUGGUUAGUAUAAAUCACAGUUGGAAGACAGAGCCAGCAACUUACGGCACCACAUUUUGUCUCUCUGAUGUCCGACCGCCACCUUUAACUGUGUCACAUUUUGCUCAACGUAACUUUAGUCACAAGAAGUUUUUGCGUUUCGACUCAGUGACGAAACGCAAGAUAGAGCCCAAAUUAAAAUCAGAUCUUCCUGACGGGAGGAUGUCUCUGAACAAUAAUUUUUGCAUCCGUGAUUCUCCCCCACAAUGCAAGUCGGAUAAACGUUUCAGAGCAUUUUGAUAAUUACGAAGACAGAACUGGCAUGUCAGGGCUUUGAGUUAAUCCCUUGUCAUGGAGUCAUUGCCGAAUUUUCUGUUUUCCAUACUUGAACCUUUAAAAAAUAUCAGUUUUAACUUAUUUGUAUUUAUAUUUAAAGAGGUCAGGUGCACACCCCACCACUUUAUAUAAAUAUACUGAUGUUGGAAGCUUGGGAUAAGGAAGCUGCUGAGUUGUCGUGACACCCCUGUUCUAAGAAGUUAUUUCCAAAAAACUAAAAACAAUAGCUACUUAUUAGUUCCUUGCUCUGCUGUGUCCCAGUGUUCCUCCUUUCCUGAUAGUUCUUAACAACCGGUCAAGUAUUUGGAUAUUGUUUCCAUCUACUGCCCUUGUAGGUUCAGUUUUGAAUGUGUCUUCUAACACAUUUACUCUUCCUCAGUGUUACUUACUGCCAUCUCUCCAGCUGAGCUUUGAAUCUGUCAUUUACGCGCGUGUAAAGUGUUGCAAUGAUCCUGAUUGAGUCUUACCGGGGGAAUCCUUGUAAGUUUCUGUGGAAACGAGGCGUGGCUCAUGCUGUCUGGGUAUUCCUUGGGUAGUAGUUAGCAAAUGCACACAAAGCAGACUGAGAAAACAGCUUAAGUGCUAGUUUCAUCCUUAGUGUUCAGACGGAACUUUUUUUUUUUGAAGAAACCUUGAUGUUAGCUCUUGGAUGAUGCCAAGUAUUACCAGCUUCCUUUUCUUCUAGUACUGAUUUCUUUUAAGUGAAGUUAAUUGUUCACAUGAUGUCUUUCUACUUCUUUGUAUCACUCUGAGGUGUUUCCUUUUUCUUGCCAGAACUUUUUUUUUUUUAAUUCAUCUCGCUUUUUAAUUUCAGUGCUGCUUGAGAUUUUCUUUUUUUUUUUUUACCUUGAAGAAAUUCUUUUGGCUGAUAGAAUCUGUAGAGUGUCUGUGCUGAAGUUUUUUUUUUUUUUCUUUCCUGAUCUAACAAUGAUUUUAUUUAAGAUUUGAAAAACCUCAUGAUUCAGUGUAAUGUGGAUAUUUUCUGGUGUUGCUUUUAAAAGGGGCUUUGGUUGCCAUUUUGGCACAUGCUUUGCCAAACUGUUAUAGCAGAGCUUUGUUUCUGAUUAAUCAGUAGUUAAUUAUUGACCAUUUAAACUAACAUGACCUUAAUGUUCCUUUCCCCAGACAGAUACGCUUUCUAUCCAGGUCAUUUUGUAUAUGCGAAAUAACAAACUGCUUUGUGUGGUUUUUUUCAUGAGAGAUCCUAGAAUAAGUUCAGGUUGAGUGUAAACAUCAAUUGGUCUUUUCAGUUCAAAGAAUUGCAGAAUAAGUAAAAUACGCAGAAUUCCCACUGAAUAAGCAUUAUCUAAUUGAACAUAGCAAUCUCCAAGACCUAUUUGUAAAAAUAGUUUCCUUGUGGAUGGAGGCAUUGAAAUUGCUGAGAAAGCUAACUGAAUUUCCUCGCUUUGAGAUAGGUAACAUAUAGUAGUAUCUUGUUCUAGUGUAGUUACUUUACGUGUUUAAUAUUUUUCAUGUAUAUACAUCUCGAGAGCAACGAAACUAUAAGCAUAUAAGAAUGUAUCUCUAGCUACUUUGGCUAGAGAGAGCCACCCAUGCCUGAGAUCCAGGGUGUGAACAAACAAUUUCAAGAUAAAAAGAAAAUUAGAUUGACUGAACUAGUUGUUUAAAAAGACACCUGUUAUACUUGGAUGACGUUUCAUAUUGGAGUUGUCCUUAAAAAGGUAAUCCCGGAAAAAGUUUAAGAAUACAUGAUUGAAACCUUAAAUAUAUUGAUAGAUACAGAUUGCUGCCUUAAAGUGUUGUUUAGGCUACCAUCCACUUCUUGUUUUCUUCUAGCCCCACAAAGGUAGUGAUUUGUCCUUUAUGAUUUACCAUGAUUUAUAAUUAUUUCUUGUGAGCCAUCCCCCUAACAUACGAAAACCCUUAAUUUCUACCACCGCCAUAUGUGUCUUCCUAAAUCUCAAAGUAAAUGUGUUAAUAGAUCUGAUUUUUCUCUCCCUUCUUUGCCACAAUCGUUAGAAAUAAUGGAUAAUGUUCUACGAUUUCUUGUUCAGAAUAUCACAUAGUGAUGUCGUCUUUUUAUAAAGAUACGGACCGCCAUGAAAGAGUAAGUGACAUGCUAGUCUUCAAAGUGCACAUUAUAUUAGGCAUCUCGAAUUUCCCUUCUACUUGAAGUUGGAUGUUUAUUUGCUGAGAUUUUAUUGUAAAGCUGCUAACUUCACACUUACUACUUUCAUACAUCUGCUUAAUUAGCAAUUUCAAGACCAUUGUUAAAAGGAGUGAAUCUUACUAACGUCAAA